AUGAUUUAAAGAUUAAACAUUAAUAUUAAUAUAGAUGAAGCAAGAGUAUUAUUAGCAAGUGCAGAUAUGGAUGGUUCUAAUGAUUUAGGAUUAGAUGAAUUUUUAGAUCUUAUAUUUAAUGAUAAAGAUGCACUUAAUGUGAAUUUAAAAGCUUUACCAUAAUUAACUGAAGAUGAAAAAGAUUCAUUAAUUAAAAAUCAAGAAACUAUAGAUUUUCUAAGAAAAGAUGCAUUACAAGCUAGAGAUAGAAGACAUUAGAAUUAAGUUAAUUUAAUUCUUAAAAACAGAGUAUUUAAAACCAAUUAUAAUUUAAGUUAUAAUAAUUGGGUUAAUAACUAACUAUGUAGGAUGAAUUACAAAAAGGUUAUAUUAGUUAUGGUAGAUUUGAAAGAGUUAUUAAAAAAUUAGAAAUUGAUCCAAGUAUUUUAUCAGAAUAAGAUCUUAAAAUUUUAUAUGAAAAUUUCAAAAAUCAAGAUGAUACAUUUGAUUAUAAAAAGUUCUUAAAUCAUCUUAAAUCAUUCUAAUUGAAUGAAGAAGUAUAUGAUGAUCCAUACUCUAAUAAGAAUUAAGAACCUGUUGAUAAAAAAUAACUAUUAUUAAAAAGUAUGAAAUAUCAAGAAGAUUAACUAAUUAAAUUAUUUGAUAUUACAAGAGUAGAUGCUUAUUCAUUAGAAAAAAUGAAAAACAAAACCAAAAUUUUAAUUAAUAAAAUUUAAAGAUAUUUACCUUCUUAAACUAAAUUUGAAGAAUUUCUUAAGAAUAAAAUUCAAGGAAAUUAAAUUAAUGUUAAAGAUUUCUCACAUGUAAUCAUACAAUUUUUAGAAAGUGUAAAUGAAAGAUAUCAGAAACAUGAUCUUGAAAGUAUGUUAAGUAUAUUAUAAUUUGGAUAAUAUGAGACCUAAAAAACAGAAGAAGUUAUUAGAAUAUUAUUUAAGUAAAUAUUAGAUCCAUAAAUUUAGUGAAACUGAUUAGGAAUUUUAUGAUAGAGUUUAAUUAAGAUAAAAAGGGCCUGCUCCUCCUGAAAAAGUAUCAAAAAUUGAUUAACCACUUUAAAGUAUAGAGAAUAAGGAAUAAGAUUUAGAUAAAUAAAUAUGUAUAAUUAAUUUAAUAAAUUAUCUUUAGAGUUUUAUAAUUAAGAUGCUGGUAUGACAUGGUAUGUACCUAAUCAAUCAAAAGAAUUGUCGGAUAUUUUAAUGAAGGUUGAAAAUAAUCUAUUUAAUAAAACAGAAAGAGCUUAUAAACUAUUUAAGGAUUUCGAUAAAGAUAAGGAUGGUUACAUUUCAUAAUAGGAUAUGAAAUAAAAAUUAGAAGAAAUGAAUAUACUUAAUGGUAAAGAAAUAGGAGUAUUAAUAAAUUAUGUUGAUCCAACAAAUAAAGGAUAUGCUACUUUUAGUGAAUUUCAUGAAAAAAUAAGGGCAGGAAUGACAAUAGUAGAUAAUAGUGGAAAUCAGUUAAUUUAAAUGAAUAGUCAACCUUGCAAAAUCUUUAUGAAUUCAGCCAAAGCUUUCUUACCUGAAUUAUCUAGAUUAACUGAAGAGUUUAAAAAACCUUUUAGACCUUAAACUAAUCAUACUGAUAUAAGACCCUCAACGAGAUUUGGAGCUACUCCUGGUUUUAAAAAUACUUUUGAAAAUUUUGUUCCUCCUAAGACAUCCUCAAUGUUUAUGACUUAAGGGGAGAGAUUUUCAAAAAAUAGAGAAUAAUUUUUAUAAGAGGAAAAAGCUAAUUAUAAUUAAAAAUAUGAAAAUAAACUAAAUAGAAUACGAUAAUAUCAUUAAUCUAUUGAAUAAAGAAUAUAGUCUGCUUAAGAGUAAAGAGAAUAGAAAGAUGUUAGUAAUUUAAAAUCAAAAUAAAUGGCAUAAUGGACAUAUGAACACAAAGCCCAUCUUAAAAAUGAUUAUUUAUGA